AUGGGUAUCUGGGGUUUUGGAUUCCUCGAAUCGGAUGACGACUUGGACAUGGCCGCUGAGCUGGGCGAGAUGCUUGGCUGCGAGCUACUUGUCCCCCCGGAAAAGGAGAAGGCCGCCAUCAUUUCUAAACUGAGCAAUGGCGUCCUGUCUAAGUGUUUUGACCGGAUGCUCGACGCCGCCUUCCGCCCCAAGACUGAGUACUACGCCCGAAGCCGAUUGAUCAUGCUUCUCGGUAUCUUAGCCAUGCGGCUCGGUGCCACCAUCGAAGAACAUCACAUCCGAGCCAUGAAAGUCCUCCGACCGCAACUGCCUACCCUCUACCUGCAGAUUCAGCUCGCGACCGCUCUUGCCCAAUACAAGAAUAACGGCACGCCCUGGGUUCUUGGAAGCGCUCUAUUUGAUGAUUUCAAAAACAGCGACUGGAAGUUCCAGGGCUAUGGUCACUCCGAAGAUGAGAAGCCGUUCGCCGAGGAAUACAUCAAGCGAUGCCUGACUUGCGAGAACGAUGAAGGCGCGCUUUUGCGCUGCAGCCGAUGCAAUGUUGCUCGUUACUGCAACAAGGAGUGCCAACGUCAGGACUGGCGCCUGCAUCAGGGCGUCUGUAAGCCCGGCUUCGAGCUCUCUGAUCGAUUCGCUGAGCCAGAGGCUAAAGAGCUCACCAGUUCUGACAAGGUCGCCGCUAAUGAGUGA